UGUCGCUCAGUGACUCUUACGGAGCGUUCGCCUCUCCUGGAGCUGCCAUCGUCAAGCUCGUGAGCAGGAUCACCGCCUGGAAAAAUCGUGAAAAAUCACUGAAACUUCUAGAUUCCUCUAAUUAAUCAUUAAGUCAUCGUCAAGAUGGGCAACUUAAAAGCAACUCUGGGCACAAACGAUUUUACCGAUUCGAAGGCUGGUCUCUGUCGGGCGCUGGUAGCAGAAUUUCUCGGAACGAUGCUGUUAAACUUCUUCGGCUGCGGAUCCGUCAUCACCGGAAACGUGGUCGCCAUAAGUCUUGCCUUUGGCUUAACUGUGGCUGCCGCUAUUCAAGGAAUAGGGCACGUUUCUGGAGGUCAUGUCAAUCCAGCAGUGACGUUCGGUUUGAUGGUUAUUGGCAAGAUACCAAUAAUUAGAGGAUUAUUGUACGUCUUGGCCCAAAGUAUAGGUGCAAUAGCAGGGUCUGGUGUGAUAAGGGCGCUGUCCCCCGAAAGUAUGGAGAGUGCUCUGGGUGUAGUAAGCUUAUCCGAAGGUGUUACACCUGUCCAAGGUUUCGGUAUAGAAUUCUUCCUUGCGUUCAUAUUGGUUCUCGUCGUAUGCGGUGCAUGCGACGCAGCUAAACCACACAGCCAGGGCAUGGCGCCUCUUGUAAUUGGACUUGCAGUCACGGUCGGCCAUAUUGUUGGUGUACCGAGAACUGGUGCAGGAAUGAAUCCAGCACGAUCAUUAGGCAGCGCCGUUGUAAUGGGCGCGUUCGAUGAUCAUUGGAUUUAUUGGAUCGGUCCGAUUCUCGGUGGAAUGGCAGGUGGAUUGGUUUACACACAUGCAAUUGGUCCUGCGAAAGAACCGGAAGGAUACGCCACCGUAGCGAGAGGGGAAAAGGAGCAGUUCGAGUACAUAGACAGCGGACGGGGUGGACUUUAAGAAAUGAAGAUACAAAGAAAGAUUCGAAGACGGGAAUACAU